CCAGGAAAGCAAGUACUUCGCAAUGUCCAAAGGUCAAUAAAUGAUACUUUUCUUCUCUUUUCCCUCCAACUGGAAGACUGACGGAAUAUUUGCAACUUUUUUCUCAAAAAGCCAGAGGCCGACUAGUUUGAGUGUAGCUGCUAGAGCUCUGUGCUCUAGCCCCAAGAAACGGGGACCCCUGGGAUAAAGGCAGGGGGGCCUCCUGAUAGGCCAAGGAUUCUGCCUCAUUUUCAUGGACUCAGGCGUAAUUAGUAAAAUCUUAAGGUUCUCCUCCCGUCUUCCCUAGCCUCCACCCCACCCCCAGUUUCCUCAGAGAAAUGAAGAGUUCAGACGUAUAGGCCAAGUGCUUGGGUUUUAAAUUAGACGACUUUGUCCUGACAGGAACCGAGUCACAGCUGCCAUACCUGAUUAUUUUUAGAGUUACUACUAAACUCUUUGUACAGGAUGAGCUGCCACUGUUCAAGGCAAACAGAAAGACUUCACAUUUUAUCAUGACAGCUCUGGAGCCAUCCACCUCCUCGUGUUCAUUAUUUCCAACCUGUCUUUGGAAGGGAUGAGGCGGCAUCUUGACAAUCGUACGGCGGGGGAAGGCAGACCCCGUGGCUUGUUACUACGUCCGAGGGAUGGAAAGCUCCCCAACUGAGCAAAGCCCACUGCCUCCAGGAAACCAAGGAGAAACAUUCCGGGGGUGCGGGUACCGCUCCAGAGCCUUCUCUGCAUGAACCAUUAUCUUUCACGAGAAGCAAAAUGUGACCACCAAGUAGCCAACCAGUAAGAGCGCGUGUGUGCAAAUGCCACCAGCACUGGCCUGGAGUGGCCAGCUUGUGAGUGAUGUCACAAUCCCCUCUGACCCAACAAUGCCGCCACCACUGAAAAGGCGGACCCCUGCCUGUAGCUCUUACAGAGAGAAACAUUCACCACCGGCAGAGCACCUUCUAAUUGCUCCUGGAGUGUGGCAGACAAAAGUCUCUGCCGUCUGAGUUACUAGAUCCAGAAAAUAAAAUGACCUUAUGAACAUGGGAAGAGAAGUCCAGCUAAGGCCCAAGGCAAACGUCUCUUCUUACAUCCACUUUUUGCUGGAUUACAGAAACAAGUUCAUGGAGCAGAAGCCAAACACCCACCUUGGCUUUAAAGAGUUCUCUAGAAAGUGUUCGGAAAAAUGGAGGUCUAUCUCAAAGCACGAAAAGGCCAAAUAUGAAGCCCUGGCUAAGCUCGACAAAGCCCGAUACCAGGAAGAGAUGAUGAAUUACCCUGGCAGGAAGAAGACGAAGAGAAAGCGGGACCCCCACGCACCCAGACGACCUCCAUCGUCCUUCCUACUCUUCUGCCAAGACCACUACGCCCAGCUCAAGUGGGAGAAUCCAAACUGGUCAGUAGUGCAGGUGGCAAAGGCCUCGGGGAAGAUGUGGUCAGCAAUGACAGCCUACGACAAGCAGCCCUAUGAACAAAGGGCAGCUUUCCUGAGAGCUAAGUACCAAGAGGAACUGGGCAUCUACCGUAAUGCCAGGAAGAAGAGCCUCCAAAGGUCGGCUAAGAACCGGCGCAGAGGGCUCAAAGAAACUGUCAGACACAACUGAUGGAUCCAAUUAGAAAUAAAAUGCUGUUCUCCGGUACUGCCUGUCCCUGGUCUCUUGU